AUGUCUCAAGAAGGCGACGAAACACGGUCUUUGGCCGAGAGCCUCCCAGAUGCUGAUGCCCCUACCAAGCAGUCCCAUCGAUCAUUCAAGAAGAAAUUUGCAAAGCUCAAAAUUCAAUUUGAACGCAAAAUGAAAGACAGCGAGACGCUCAUUCACGAGCAGUUGCGCAUCGAGGAUCUGUCAAAGAGAAUUCAGGAGCAAAACGAUCAACUCUUGGAAGUUCUUUUGGAGUUCAACGAAACCGUGCACAUCUCGCCCAAGCUCCGAUACGAUUUGAAUGUCCCUGGUGACGAAGACAUUCUUCCAACCCCUGACGGGGAGCUUUCGUCACCCUAUAAUGACCCUGAAUCGACCACGUCAGCAUUAAGGUCUGCAAAGAAUGAACUAUCAACCGGAUAUAUAACGGCCGAGUCAUAUGAAAAGCUUGAGAAUAGCGUCAAACGAGGCACGGCGUUUGCACCUUUAUUGCGGUACACGGAUUUGACAAAAGUUCCUCAUUCUGCUCCUGAAGGCCAGAAUUCGAUAACCCCAGCAGAAGAUGCUAGCCUGAACCAAAAUCUUGGCUUUCUGACCCCAGAGCAUGAAACAGAAUACUGUCUUGCCACAGAUGCAAAGUUAGGUGAUAUGUCAGCCGCCGUUCAACUGAGCCGCGUCCCGGAGAAGCCAUCCUUGCUGGAAAGAGAAAGGGAGCAUGCUCUUCGAAGUCCUGUCUCGGUCCAUCAUUGGUUGCGCAAAAACCAUCCUAAUAUCUUUCUACAAGAUAACGAGAAUGCUUCUGAGAAAUCAGGGUCGCGACCUUCAAACCUGCGCGCUUCCAAGCGAUCGGCACCUACUUCUCGUAAAGACGAGGACACUCACGACGAAGAUAGUGUCGUGAUGGACUCUGGUCUCACAUCGGGCGGUUCCAAGGCCAAACGUAAGCGCGAUGAGGAGAGCACUCCUCGAGCUAAGGCCGGCACCGGCGGUCGCUCAAAUCGGAAGAAGAAGGACGAAGCGAAUCCUGGAAACAUCGCCAUGGCGAUUACAAUUCUACCUCCCGUUGUGGAUGAUGUUGAGGCAACAUACGCCGAAUCUGAAAUUGACGAAAUGUCCGUUGACUCCGACGGCGGUGUUGAGCUCACACCCACAAAAACAUCACAGCCGACAAAGCGGCCUAGGUUAAUAGAAGGGACAGAUGUUGGAAGAGGGAUAAUUACACCAGGAGAGGUCGUGACAGAUGACCCACAGUGGAUGAGGGGUCACGGAACGUAUAUAAAUCCUCUUUCGACGUCUAUCAUUGCGACUGUUGCUGGAACUGUUCAGAAGACCAACAAAUUGCUCUCUGUCCAGCCUCUUCGAGCCCGCUAUACGCCGGAGAUCGGCGAUCUGGUGGUUGGGCGCAUAGUCGAAGUCCAGUCCAAACGGUGGAAGGUUGAUGUCGCAGCACCUCUUUUAGCCCAGCUACCUCUUUCUGCAAUCAACUUACCAGGCGGUAUCCUGCGUCGACGAACAAGUGCAGACGAACUGCAGAUCCGAACAUUCUUUAGCGAAGGAGAUCUGCUUGUUGCUGAAGUACAAACAGUACAUUCAGAUGGCGCGGCCUCGCUUCACACUCGGUCACUUAAAUAUGGUAAACUUCGAAAUGGCGUCUUUUUAGCUGUGGCUGGAGCCGGGGGUAGUGGGGCAUCCAGCUCAUCAGUCAAGGGGGGUCUUGGAUCAGGAUCCACUGCUGGAGUGGUUCGAUCACGGAGACAAAUGUUUACGAUACCAACUUCUAACGGCGGUGGGGAGGUGGAUAUCGUUCUCGGAGUAAACGGGUAUAUUUGGAUUUCAAAGCACGCGGAGGGCACAGCCGCAGCCUCUUCAACCACGGAUAGCGUGUCGAUAACGCGUAUGGAAGAAAUGGUCUCGAACUCGGUUUACUCAAGUCAGAACGACGAAAUAUCUCCCGCCACACGACGUGAAAUUGCGCGGUUGGCUCAGUGCAUUCGAGUGCUUAUGCAGGGAGGACUGCGGGUUGAUGAGGAGACAGUAAUGGCAGCAUACGAUGCUAGUUUGCAGGUUGAUCUAGAACAGGGCGAUGAAGACUACGACGAAGAUGGACGGCAGCGGGAGGGACGAGAGUAUCUGGAAGGGAACCAAGCUAAGCGGAUUAUACAGUUAGCAACGACACGCCCGCAGAGCUGA